AUGGUGAACGACUCCUAUGACUACAUUGUAGUUGGUUCCGGUUCUUCUGGGUCUGUGAUUGCUGCUCGUCUGUCAGAAGAUCGUGAUGUCACAGUCCUCGUUUUGGAAGCUGGGUUGGAUGACAGAAACGAGGCUGUACUUUCUGUACCCGCAAAAGCGCCAAGUUCUCAGAAAUCGAAAUUCGACUGGGAGUAUUACACUGAACCACAAAAACAGGCGUGCUGGGCUUCUAAAGAAAAGAGGUCAUACUGGCCUAGAGGUCGAGUGUUGGGCGGAUCCAGUCAGAUGAACUAUAUGGCGUAUGUCCGAGGAAACCGGUUUGACUAUGACAGCUGGGCGAUCCAGGGGUGUGACGGAUGGAGCUACAAAGAUGUUCUUCCGUACUUCAAGAAAUCAGAGGACAUGCAGGACGAGGAGCUCGCCAAAUCAGAGUAUCACGGCAGCGGGGGCCCACUCAAGGUGACUCGAAAUCCCACGAGUUCUCUCCCCAGCGUGAUGGUGAAGGCUGGCAAAGAGGCUGGAUACAACGAAACAGAUUACAACGGAGAUUGUCAGGAAGGUUUUGCUGUUCUGCAGUCCACAUUGGGAGAUGGUGAACGAUCAAGCACAUCGAAGUCGUUCCUGUGGCCAGCAAGAAGAAACCGAACUAAUCUUCAUAUUGCUGUACAAGCUCAAGUAACGAAGGUUAUCAUAGAAAAUAAGAAAGCUGUUGCUGUUGAGUUUGUGAAAAAUGGACGAUUACAAAGAGUAAAAGCCAAAAGGGAGAUAAUUCUUUCAGCUGGAACUAUUGGAUCUGCACAGAUAAUGAUGCUGUCUGGAUUAGGACCCAAAGAACAUCUUGAAAAAUUACAGAUUCCCGUGGUUGCUGAUCUGCCAGUGGGAGAAAACCUUCAAGAUCACGUGAUGACGAUUUUCAGAGUUCUAAUAGACCAGCCGUUAUCCACGAGUUACCUCACAACCCCAUCUGGUUUGGAGUUCGUUGGUUUUGCUAGAACACGGACUGAGUUGGAAUACGGGAACCCAGAUCUACAAUUUCAUAUGAUAGUGUUCUUGCCUGCCAGACAAGUUAUCGAGCAGUUAUUUAACAUAGACCCGAAGGUUGGCGAGCAGCUGAAAUGGGACGAAGGUGAAGGCUUUUAUGGUGCUGCUGUAUUGUUACGACCUCAGAGUAGAGGAACACUUCGUUUACGGAGCUCGCACCCGUUUGAAUAUCCAAUAAUACAGCCCGACUACCUCACGGUCCCUGACGACAUGACGGAUAUAUACAGAGGUGUUCGGAUAUUUCAGAAACUGCUGAAGACUAAAGCGUUCAGAGAUAUCGGAGCCCGACUGGACACGACGAGGGUCCCGACGUGUAGUCAGUACACCUACGACUCUGACGAGUACUGGCAGUGUUACGUCAGGUCAUUCACUACAACUGCGUUCCACCACACUGGUACCUGCAGGAUGGGGGCGAUCACAGACCCCUCCACUGUAGUCGACCCUCAACUCAGGGUAAAGGGUAUAUCUGGACUGCGUAUAGCUGACGCCUCCAUUAUGCCCAAAAUCACCUCCGGAAACGUUAAUGCUCCUUGCAUUAUGAUUGGAGAAAAGGCAGCUGAUCUGAUCAAGGGAAAGACCUCUGUGUGA